AUGCGGAUCUCUCAGACCCCGGUGCGAGUGUCGAACCAGGCCGGCAGUCAAGGUGUCGUCGAAAAGCGACGACGCCAGGUCGCAAUCAGGCUCGUCGAAAUGAGGGGGACGCGGGCAGGUGACGAACUGCCGGGGAGCAGCGCGCUGUGGGCAUCCCCCAAGAAACGAGCGACGAUAGAGUUGAAGGGGGUGGGAAAGAAGGGUGGACAGAGCCGAGGAGAGGAGGAGGAAUGCGGAGAGGAGGAAUAA